GGUGCUCUUGUGACGACCUCUGCUGAUGCUAUCAGUCCACUGCGGAUAGGCAUGCUGAGUAAUCCUGCUGUAAAUGGGCGAGGACACGGACACACGAAAAAUUAACCACAGCUUUCUUCGAGACCACAACUAUGUGACUGAAGCUGAUAUUAUUUCUACAGUUGAGUUCAACCACACUGGAGAACUGCUGGCUACUGGUGACAAGGGGGGUCGGGUUGUUAUAUUCCAAAGGGAACCUGAGAGUAAAAAUGAGCCUUACAAUCAGGGGGAGUACAAUGUUUACAGCACUUUCCAGAGCCAUGAACCUGAAUUUGAUUAUUUGAAGAGCUUGGAGAUAGAAGAAAAAAUAAACAAGAUCAAGUGGUUACCACAGCAAAAUGCAGCUCACUCACUUUUAUCAACAAAUGACAAAACAAUCAAGUUAUGGAAAAUUACUGAAAGAGAUAAGAGACCAGAGGGGUACAACUUAAAAGAUGAAGAAGGAAAACUUAAAGAUCUUUCUACAGUAACAUCACUGCAGGUGCCUGUAUUGAAACCUAUGGAUUUGAUGGUAGAAGUCACUCCCCGGAGAAUCUUUGCUAAUGGUCACACCUAUCAUGUCAACUCAAUAUCCGUCAACAGUGACUGUGAGACAUACAUGUCAGCGGAUGAUCUCAGGAUUAACCUCUGGCAUUUAGCAAUCACAGAUAGGAGCUUCAACAUUGUAGAUAUCAAGCCAGCCAAUAUGGAGGACCUCACGGAAGUGAUUACAGCCUCCGAGUUUCAUCCCCAUCACUGCAAUCUCUUUGUCUACAGCAGCAGCAAAGGAUCCCUGAGACUCUGCGACAUGAGGGCAUCGGCUCUCUGUGACAAACAUUCCAAGCUUUAUGAAGAACCAGAAGACCCCAGUAACAGAUCAUUUUUUUCAGAAAUUAUCUCUUCAGUGUCAGAUGUCAAAUUCAGUCACAGUGGUAGAUACAUGCUAACAAGAGAUUACCUCACCGUCAAGGUUUGGGAUCUGAACAUGGAAACAAAGCCCGUAGAAACGUACCAGGUCCAUGAUUACCUUAGGAGCAAGUUGUGUUCUCUCUAUGAAAAUGACUGCAUCUUUGACAAGUUUGAAUGUGCAUGGAAUGGAUCAGACAGUGUGAUAAUGACAGGUGCAUAUAACAACUUUUUCCGAAUGUUUGACCGAAAUACCAAGCGGGAUGUUACCUUGGAGGCAUCCCGAGAGAGCAGUAAACCACGAGCUAUUCUUAAGCCCCGGAGAGUCUGCGUCGGAGGCAAACGGAGGAAAGAUGACAUCAGUGUUGACAGUUUGGACUUUACUAAGAAGAUCUUGCACACAGCGUGGCACCCAACUGAGAACAUCAUUGCUAUAGCAGCGACAAACAAUCUGUACAUAUUUCAGGAUAAAGUGAACUCAGAAAUGCACUAGAUUUAUCAAUAUCUCUCUAUAUUUACAAACCAGCCUCUUGAGAGGUGUAGAAGGAUGUGACCUUCACAAAAAUUGUGGCUUCUGUGGUGGGAUUUGUAGGUUGCAUCCUUUCAUCCCUCAGCCUGUAUCAUUAUUGGUGGCAAGCCAACUAUUUUCCAUCACUGCAACUGUAUGAGUAAAAGGCACGACUGCAAAUCCA